AUAUAUCGAAUUCAUUAUUUCAUUAAUUUUUCAGUUUGAAAUUCUAAGUAAGAGAGAAUUCUCAGUUUGAAAAUUUACAGUUUUUAGAGAAUUCCUGAUUUUGUAAUCUGCGUUAUACCAUCUGUUAUACCAUCUUUAAUUUGUAAUACUCGUGGUGUUUGCAAUAAUUUGUUUUUGGGUUGGGUUUUCUAAAAGUUCUCCAGUAAAUGGUGGGGAAGUGUGGGGAAAAAUGAGGUUGCAUCCUAAAGAUGUAGACUUUACUAAUACCAUCUCCCUUUUUUUUUAUCACUGUAAAUCAGAUUAGUGUGUGGUUUUGUGUUUGGCUUAAUCUGUGCGUGAAUUGGAGGAAUUGGCUGCUUCCUUGAAUGAGCGAUUAUCAUGCAAUGAAAAUUGGACUUUUUUUUGUUGUGUUUUACCCAGCAAUGGACUUGCAGAUGUAAAUUAUGAUUCAGUCUCUAUUGUCUAGUCCUUAAUUCUUAUGCAAGGAUGAGGGAAAUUUAGGUGGAAAAUGUUUGUUCCUCGACGUUUUGAAAUAGAAAUGUAAUGAGAAGUAGCAAGCUGAAUCAGGCAUUGUACCAUCUCUUAAGGUUAUCCCUGUGCUGUUUGACUCUUGUCUAUUUAUCUUGGCAGACAUGUAUACAUUUCAUAGUGAGAAUACAAUCGUAUGCUGCUAAGUUAUGUUGGGAUUUGAGAUCCAUGUUGUGGGUCAGAUUUGGUAGUCUGAGGGGCGAAUGCUUUUUUUUUUUCAAAAGGAAAGAAAAAUGGGCAGAAUUCCUGACAAAUUCUCAUGGAUAUAUUACAACGACUCCUAAUCAUAAAAGUAUUUGUUGUUCUGUUAACUUUAAGAUGAGAUUUAAACUGGUAACUCUAAGAUGAGAUUUAAUCGUCUAUGUCAUGUUUUGGUUUGGUUUUUGUUUAAUGGGUGUGGGUGUGGGAUGCUCUGGUGAUCUUUUUCAUUUUUAAAAUUGAGAAAGUGGGUGAUUUCUUUUUCUUUUGCAAUGUGAGAUUGAUAAUGUUGAUUCUAAAGAUGAUAACGGUGAGCUACAAUAUUAUAUUACCAUACAAUAUUAUACUACAUAGAGGAGAGAGAGGAGGAGAAAGAUAUAUGAACAUAUAGUAGAAUACUUGAGAAUUAAUGAUCAUAUAUUAAUAGUUAUAUGGAUGAUAAACUUAGUUUGAAUGGCUGGACUUAACUGUUUUUAUAUAACACUUAUAUGUUACUUCUGUUGUUAUAGGAUUAUACAUUAGUACAUUACAAUUGUGUGUUCACGUAAUGGGCUUUAUUAAAUAACUUUUUGUUUUGGUAUGAUGAUUUUGUGUGCUAUUUUUGGGGUUGAUUUGGACAUAUUUGGGGCUGCUAAGAGGCUUGAUUAGUGGUUGUUUGGAGGCUUUUUUUUUUUACUGUUUUGAGGGUGCAAUUUUGUUGUCUAAAGUUGCAGUUUGUGUGACUUGGGGAUAGUUGUUUGGUGAGUCUUUAGUUUGCUUUUCUCAUAUCUAAUUUGCUUUAAUGCCAUAAUUUUUUUUCCUUAUUACUCUUAUUUUGUUUUACUCUUUCUUUUUGAAUUAUGUUAACUUUUUCUUAGGUCGAGUAUAAGGUCGUGUAUUUAUAUGGCGAGUUGUAAUCAUGUUGAGUUUAAUGUUGAAAGGAAUUUAGGAGGUGAUCAUGGAUAAGGAAUGGAUGAAAUUAAAAGAUCGAGGUGCUCCACAAUAUUUGAAUGGGAUAGACAACUUUCUAGAUUUUGCAUUCAACAAUUCUAGUGUCGACCAUGCGGGCAAUCAGAUUGGAACAAAAAUUCGGUGCCCAUGCUGUAGAUGUGCAAAUGUGCAUUAUAAAACCAGGAGUGAAGUUCGAUUUGAUCUGUUAAGGAAUGGAAUUUUGCAGAGCUACAUUGUAUGGGAUAAACAUGGGGAAGAUUAUAAUGAUGUGUCUUUAGAGAGUGAAGCUAAUACGGAUUGUGACGGUGAUGUUGAUGAAGAGAUGCUUGAUAUGUUGCAAGUAGGAUGUGGAGUGGCUGGUAUGGGAUUGUUGGGAGGUCAUGAUAGGGGUGAUGAUGAUCACAGUGAGGAAGCUCAAGAACCUUCAGGAGAAGCUGCACGAUUUUAUCGCCUCUUACGGGACUAUAAAGAUCCAUUAGUUGUGGAUGGGUCAAAAGUCUCCAAGUUGGUUUACAUUAUGAAAUUGUUGCAUCUUAAAUGUUUGAAUCAUUGGACUGACACCUCCUUCACUCAAUUGUUGAAAUUUCAAAAUGAGGUUCUAGGUUCUAACUUGCUUGAUUCUUAUGAUGCCUGUCGCAAAAUUAUUGCUGAUUUGGGCCUUAAUUACAUUAAAAUUGAUGCGUGUCCAAAUGAUUGUAUUAUCUAUUGGCGAGAACAUGUUGAUGCACAAGAGUGUCUAAAAUGUCACACUUCUAGGUGGAAGACAAAUGGGAAAAAUGUGCCUAAUAAGCUUCUACGAUAUUUUCCCAUAAAACCUAGAUUGCAAAAGUUGUUUAUGUCAACAAAGACAGCAAAAGAAAUGCGUUGGCAUAAAGAGGAAAGGAUUAAUGAUGAAAAUGUAAUGCAACAUCCAGCUGAUUCUCCUACUUGGAAGGCAUUUGAUAAGGAAUUCAAAUCUUUCGCUAACGAUCCCAGAAGUGUGAGACUUGGCUUAGCUGCAGAUGGCUUCCAACCAUUCAAUAAUUUUGGGGGGUCAUGCCAUAGCAUUUGGCCAAUUGUUCUGACUCCUUACAAUUUGCCUCCUUGGAUGUGUAUGAAGCCUCCGUAUAUUUUCUUAUCUCUGCUUAUUGAUGGUCCUAAUUCUCCAGGAAUGGAUUUGGAUGUUAUCUUCAACCUUUGAUUGAGGAGUUAAAGGAGUUAUGGGAGGUUGGGGUCGAAACAUAUGAUGCAUAUACUAAAAAAAAUUUUGUAAUGCAUGCAAGCCUUUUAUGGACAAUAAGUGAUUUUCCUGCAUAUGCUGAUUUGUCUGGGUGGAGCACAAAAGGAUCUUUUGCUUGUCCUUCUUGUCAUAAAGAAUCUGGGUACAAAAGCAUAAAAAGUAAGACAGCUUAUAUUAGGACUAGGCGCUGGUUGCCAAUGAACCAUAGGUGGAGAAAAUUAAGAAAAGCCUUUGAUGGCACUGUUGAAAAGGGGUUUGCUCCCAUUCCAUUAUCUGGUGAUGAUGUAUUGACUCAAUGUAGCCAAUUUACUCAAGUUCCUUUUGGCAAGGCUGGCUCAAAGAGAAAAUGGGAUGAGACAAAUAGCUUCUAUGGAUGGAGGAAAACGAGCAUAUUCUUUCAAUUGCCUUAUUGGAGCAAAUUGAAAUUGCGUCAUAAUUUAGAUGUUAUGCAUAUUGAGAAGAAUGUUUUAGAGAACAUAAUAGGGACAUUGAUGAAUAUAAAGGGUAAGACUAAGGACACCUUAAAGGCCCGGUUAGAUUUGGUAAAACUAGGUAUAAGGCAAGACCUUCACCCUAUUGUCGAUGAAGAUAAAGUGCGCAUUCCUGUAGCAUGUUAUACAUUAAGAAGUGAUGCAAAAUCUGCAUUUGCUGAGAUGUUUCAGACUUUGAGAACUCCUGAUGGGUAUUGUUCAAACAUCUCUCGAUAUGUAAAAGAUAAUGGUCAAAAGGUGUCAUGUAUGAAAAGCCAUGACCAUCAUGUGUUCCUGGAGCAACUUCUUCCAAUUGUUAUUCGUGGACUCCUUCCAAAAAAUGUUUGUGAACCAUUGAUUGAAUUAAGUUCAUUUUUUUCGAAACUUGUGCUCCAAAACCUUGAACAUGAAGGAGCUUGACGAACUCGAAAAGUAAAUUCCUUACACAUUAUGCAAAUUAGAGAUGAUCUUCCCACCAUCUUUAUUCACUGUUAUGGUGCACUUAGUCAUUCAUUUGGUGGCAGAAGCAAAAAUUGCAGGUCCUGUAAGGUACCGUUGGAUGUAUCCUAUAGAGAGGUACUUGCGCACAUUGAAAUUCUACGUUCGCAACAAAGCAUAUCCAGAAGGUUCAAUUGCGAGAGGUUACUUGGCUGAAGAAUGUUUGACUUUCUGUUCUAGAUAUAUGGAUGAUAUGACCACAAAGUUCAAUCGCCAAUCUCGAAAUGAUGAUGGUCAUGAUGAUGUGUCUAGCACAAGAGGCGUAGACAUUUUUACACCAAAGGGUCGUCCUUUAGGAAAGCCUACUCCUUACCAUCUUGACUCGGAGGAGUAUGAACAAGUUCAUUUGUAUGCACUCCAUAAUUGCGAUGAGCUCUUAAAACUUGUCAAGGAGCAUAAGAACAAACUAGCCGUUGAAAAUCCAGCCCCUAGGAGCAUAGAGAGGAGACAUAAAGCUGAAUUUGCAGAUUGGGUUCGAAAGCGUGUGGAGCUUAUGUAUAAAGAAGCAAGGAUCUAUCCCUGAGGACAUAUAUUACUUAGUUUGUGGCCCAUUGCGUAGUGUGAGGCGUUAUAGUGGAUAUAUUGUGAAUGGAUUUAGGUUUCACACCAUUGAUAGGCAAGAAAAUCGAAAAACCCAGAAUGGUGGGCUCAUGGUUCAAGGGGAUGAUGAGUCGCAAAAAAAGUAUUAUGGUGUUCUUAAAGAUGUUUAUGAGUUGCAAUAUCCUGGUGAAAAUCAUGUUAUUGUGUUCAAGUGUGAUUGGUAUGAUGUUCAACAUCAAGAUAGAGGAUAUAAAAUGAUGAAUAUGGAAUAACUAGUCUCUCUAAGGAGCUAUCGUUAGCCACAUAUGAGCCAUUUGUGUUAGAGUCACAAGCAGAGCAAGUGUUAUAUGUACCUGAACCAAGAGACAAAAGUUGGGUUACUGUGAUUAAGACGGAGCCUUGAGACUUAUAUAACAUACUUGAAAGCAACAUUGAUGAGAAUGCACUAGAGGAAGUCCAUAAUGAAGCUGUACAGCAAGAAUGCAACAGGGAUUCAAAUCUUUACACAUCGCCACCAGAACAUGGAGGCUAUGGAGGGGAUAUUCGUUUGGGUACCAAUCAUUAUAUGGUGGAGAGAGGAGCCGAGAUUGUGAAAUGGGUUACUAAGGAAUUACAGAACAUUCAACAACAAAAAAAUGGAAAAGAAAAGAAGAGAAAGAAAAGAAACAAUGAUCUAGAUGAUUUUAUUGUUGAUGAUGAUGUUGAAGUCUAAAAAAAUGUUUAUCAUGUCACUUUUGGUCAUUUGUUUAUGAAUGGAAGAUGUUUCAUUUUCGUUGUUAGUUUGUUUUAUAAAUGAAUAAAUUGGUAUCGAUUAAUGUUUCUACUGGGUGUUUUUUUUAUAUAAAUAUAUAUAUCAUUAAACUAUCUUCUAGACUUGUGCUGAUUUAUAUUGACUUUAAGCCAUCUAAUAAGUAUUUUCUACAAUUGCAGAUAUGGUAGGACGAGGUCAGGCAAAGAUUAGAAGGAAUGUUGGAAGGGAAAAUGGAAAGACUCCAAGUGUUGUUGACAUGGAAAACCUACAAAAAUGUAUUACGUGACAAUAUCAAUGUAGAUGAAAUUGGAUCUACCACCAAUAGUCCAGCUCAUCAUGAAGGUAUUGCCAUUGAUAAUCGCUUGCAACCUCUAGGACGAGAUAAACAGAAAUAUGGAAGCAAAUUUACCAGCAGACUUCAAAUCUGCUUGAAUGCUCAUGAGGCAGUGGAUCCACCUCCAUCUCAUGCAAAUGAUGUAGAUGAAAAUCAACCUAAGAAGGUCAGAACCAAAUAUAUGCAUGAAAACAGACAAGUAAGAGAAGAAACCCAACAUAAUGAUCCUAAUAGUAGUCAAGCUUCUACCACAAGUGCUAAAAGGAAAAAGGGUCAGAGAGGCAAAUAUAGGAGUUUAGCACUUGAAAGGAAGACUAGGGGUGGGCAAUUAAAACUUAAAGUUAAUAUACCUGAUUAUGUUCUCCAAGCUGUUGGAGAAAAUACUAGGCCAAUGGUGAACUUUUGUGGCUAUGUUGUCAGAACAACAGCCUUUAUGGAUGCUGGAGAUUGGCCUGAUGUGUUCGCGAAAUAUGGUGAUUCAAUGUGGUUACAAGUCAAGAACAAGUUUAACAUCAAAGACUCUUCUACACAUUUACUUCGACUUCAAGCUUUUGCGACUGAUGUAAUGCAACGCUUGUAUCGAUUCUGGAAGUCUCGCUUGCAUUCUUACUAUAAAGAAUGUGGAGAUACUUUAGAAGAGCGCUUACAAAAUCCUCUGACUGAUUUUCCGAUCGAAAGUUGGAAAGCUUGUUGUGCUAAGUUUGAUGAUGACAAAUUCAAGAAACGAAGUUUACAAAAUAGCAAGAAUCGGAGAUCUGACAAGUGGACUAAACACACCACCGGAAACUUAUCUUUUCCUGAGGUGGAGCAUAUUUUGACUGAGAGAAAUGGUAAUGUGUUGCCUGAACCUGAUGUUGUAUGGCUUGCUGAACACACAAAUGUAGACGGUGAUGGGGUGCUGAAGUGGGUUAAGGAUGGACGCUCCGAAGAGAUACAUGCACAACUCCAUCAGCUUGUAAAAGACAAGGACAAAGAACCCGAAGGCGAUCAAUCACGUCCUCAAACACAGGAAGAGAUGCUCCUUCAUGUACUUGGUCCCAAGUCCGGGUACACUCGAGGUAAAGGCACUGGGUAUAGAACUUCAGCCAAAGCAAGACUACAAGAACAACAACAACAAGUUAUGCAGAAGCAACAAGAAGAACAACAACAAAUAAUGCAAAAGCAACAAGAUCAGAUUAUGAAUUUACAAAGUGAGUUGGAAGCAAGCAAGAAGGCUAUAGAUGACUACAAGGAGAGCAAAGACUCUAUAUGGAAGCUAUGGAGAAGCGAUUUGAAGAUAUGAUUACAAGGCGCUCCAGGACUUUAUGCUAUGAUGACCAAUAGUGAGAAGUGAAGUUGAAAGUGAAUUACGUGCUUCUAGGGAAAAUUUUGUGUAAAGUUAACAAAUUUGCCUAACCAUUUUUUUGUUUAACUUUUAGGCAAUUAUUUUGGUAUAUAUCUAAUCUUAGACAUCUAAUGAUUAUUAUAUGUAAUGAUAUAUUUUUUGGAACAUCUAAGUAUGUAACAAACAUAUACUUCAUAGAUGGUUAUAUAUAUGAGCCAAUGUAUUAUGGCUAUCAAUAA